GCGCCCAAUUAUCCACGCAUAGUAUUUGAAAUACCCACAUAUAAUAGUUUGCUAUUAAAAGCCCAUUAAGCAGUCAGCAGGAAAACUAGGCUUGUAAGAACCAUCCUUUUUAUUUGCACAUUAUUUACUUUUGCUUAUAUUUGUGAGCUGCAUUUACAUGAAUUUAUUUUUUGGAACGGCAUUUAAUAUUUAAUUUUCCAAACUUCUCGCCUCUAAAUAUCAAUAAAACUUCAUAAUGUACUAUUAUCGUCGUAACUCUGUUUUUGUUGCCGCUAUUUUUGCAGUUAGCAUGCUGAGUACAGCCACUGUUACUGCUCAAAUUAAAAAUAGUACGUGUCCCAAUUUGGAAGGAAAUUUUGUUUGUGGCAGUCUCUCGGAGCUUUACAUUUGCAACCAUGGUGUCUAUGAAAAACUGUCAAACUGCCCAGCUGGCAUGUUCUGCCAAGACGGCUCAUGCAAUGCUCUAACCAGUGUAGACGUAAAAGCAGACCCAGCGCAGUCGGCUGGUGUUACUCCUCAAAGAAGCAGCGCUAUGACAACGGUAGACUCAUCUUCUGCACCCGCAUCCGCAUCCAGUUCCAGCUCCAGCUCUAGCUAUUACAAAGGCAAUGCCGUUCAAUCCGCCAGCUUAUCAGAGUUAUCUGACCUUGGUUCUGAUAUUGAACCAACUUCUUUGUCAGCAGGCAAGGCUAGCAGCAGCAUAUUGGUAUCUCACUCAUCGUCAAGCAGGACGAGUGCAAAGGAAACUCUCAACAUCUCGACUAUUGAUUCUAACAAGCCUGAUGGGCUUCACAAAGACUCAUCGGCUGCCGCUAUUAAUCAAAAUAGCAUGACAUUUGCCACCGUAGUGUCUUCCAUUAUUGCUGCUGUCCUUUUUUCAAUUCUCUAAUAAAAAACAGUUAUGAUUGUUA